AUGAAGCAUUCCAGUGCCACCAGCGUCAACAAACGUCGUACAAGCGAGGACGAGUCUCCGAUUUCUACUAAGCGACAAGAAGAAAGGCCCAAGAGCAAGAAGGAACUUCGAAAAGAACGCAAAGCAGCGCUCAAAGCUCCUGCCAAAAGCGAUGCCGUAGAUAACAAGAGAAAACGAGCCGACGUGAAAGAUUCACAGGACCGAAAGAGACAACGGCGAGAAGAGAAACGGCUUGAGCGCAAAGUUAGAAAACAAGAAAAGGAGGCCGCUUUGGAAGCUCGCUUUCGGGAGCAAGACGAAUUGCGAAAAGGAAAAUUGGCAGAUAAUAAGGAGCCUGAAACGACAAAACAACCACAAUCUGCCGGAGACAAAAAGAAAGUUAGUAAGAAAAAUGACAAGGAAUCCUCCACAAAGAAGCAGAAGCGAGACCAGACAGAAGGAGAAUCCAGCGGUGACUUGGCAGUUUUCAAGAGCGUUUACAAUAAAAAGUCAAUCGAUCCCUCUACUGGCGCUACAACCUGCCGUCUAGGCGUUCAAUACAUUGACAAAAAAGUGGGUUCGGGACCUCCCGUGAAAAAGAAAAGUUUGGUCACUGUCAAGUAUCAAUUACGUGGCGGCAGCCCAAGCGGUGUUUUGCUGGACAGCUCCAAAAAUUUCAAGUUUCGCGUAGGCAAAGGUGAAGUGAUUCAGGGCUGGGAAAUUGGGUUGGAAGGAAUGCAACAGGGUGGAGUCAGACACUUGAUUGUUCCUCCCAAGGCUGGAUAUGGCUCGAAGGACAUAGGUGCGGGAUCUGGAGCUAUGCUCUAUUUUGACAUUACCCUUUUGGAAAUUCGGAGCCAUAUUGUGCAUCUUGGACGAUGA